AUGGAUUUUUACAACUUGUUUUCGAUUUUAUUUAUCCUGCUUACAAAUAUUUUAAAUAUUAUAUUUGCAUCUCAAUCUAAACCUUCCGUUGCUGGAAUUUACUUUGAUCGUAUCAUAACUAUUGUAUUAGGAAAUUCUAAAUACGAUGAAGCAAUUAAAGAUCCCUAUUUGUCUUUUCUCGCAAGUCAAGGAAUUUCUUUAACCGAAUUUCACGCAGUAUGGCAUCCUUCGCAACCCAAUUAUAUCGCCAUGAUAUGUUCAUCCAAAAGUGGUGUGCUUACCGAUUUUUCUCAAAACAUCAAUGGACCUUCGUUACCUAUUUUACUUGAAGAGAAAGGAAUUUCUUGGAAGGCAUAUUUAGAAAAUUAUCCAGGUAAAGGAUUCGCUGGAGAUUAUUCAGACGAUCGAUUAUAUUAUCGUAAACAUAAUCCUUUCAUUUCAAUGAAUAAUAUUCGUAAUAAUAAAACUCUGGUCUCUAAAAUUGUUAAUGCUGAAGAAUUAACUAAAGAUAUUUCAGAAGGAAAUUCACUUCUUAUUAUAACUUUUGAUGAAUCAUCUUCAUAUUUUGAUUUAUCAAAUUAUAAUCAUAUUUACACUACACUUAUUGGUCCAAAUGUAUUAACUUCUUAUAAACACCAGGAUAAUGAAAGAUAUAAUCAUUAUGAUAUUUUACCUACAAUUCAAAUUAAUUGGAAUUUAUCUGAAUUGGGUACAAAUAAUGAUAAACAGGCAAAAUCAUUAUCAUCUUCCUUAUUUUUAAUUAAUUAA